AUGCCAGGACUCAAGGAGCACCCUCAACUUCUUCCCAAUAUUAUAAAGGACCAGACCACUGGUUCUGCGGGUAUUGUUGCAGGGGAACUUGCCGCAGAAGAGCAUCUCAUCAGUGAUCAACAAGAAACCUCUCAUAGCUACGGCACUAUUGAACUGACGCAAGAGGAAUGCGCCGAUUACAAUGGUUACGCUCUUCCACCCACACAAUUGCGGGUAGUGGUUCUGCUGCUCUUUUUGUGCUCAUUUUUGGCCGCUUUGGAUACUACUGUGGUUACAGCUCUUCUUACCAAAAUUGCCAAUGACUUGAACGCAAUCAGUCUGAUUUCGUGGAUUGCCACGGCAUACCUCUUGUCAUGCUCAGCGAUGCAACCCAUUUUUGGCAAACUCUCUGACAUCUUUGGUCGUCGAGCAAUGCUUUUCAUUUGCUGUAUCACAUUUGGACUUGGCUGUGCAAUGUGUGUAACAAAGUCCUUGACGAUGUUGGUCUUAGGUCGCUUUGUCACUGGCUUAGGUGGCCUGGGUAUGACCUGUCUUGGCACGAUUACCAUGUCGGACCUUAUCCCUCUCAGAGACCGAGGAUUCUAUCAAGGGAUGGCGAAUAUCUUUUUUGGUCUUGGCUCUGCCUCCGGUGGAUUCGUGGGUGGGCUUAUUUCGGAUGCAUUGGGAUGGGAGUAUGUCUUCAUUCUUCAGGUCCCAUUGGCAUUUUUGGCGGCCUUUGUAAUCAGGAAAUAUCUCAUUUUGCCUUCUGGCUCUCCUGGUUUGGGUGCAGUUGGCUCGAGCAUGCGUGCUAAGUUGGCGCGGGUUGACUUUUUGGGCUCUUUUCUUUUGGUACUGGCGCUUAUGUGUGUUCUUACUGCUGCUUCCAUCGGUGGAAAAGAUGUUGCUUAUUCGAGCCCCUGGUUUAUUGGCCUUUGCAUUGCAUCAUUUGUUCUCUUGGCUGCUUUCGUGUAUGUUGAAGCUUACAUUUCUGAGGAACCCAUUAUUCCGAUUCACUUGUUGGGAGAGCGUACUAUUAUUUCCCUGAGUUUGGCCAAUUGGUUCUACUCCAUGGGCGUUUUCACUUAUCUUUUUUACAUUCCUGUUUUUUUCUCUACGGUGAUGCAACUCUCGGGCACUCAAACAGGUCUUCGUCUUAUUCCUAACUUCUUUGCUGUGUCUGUUGGAUCAGUAGGUGCUGGGAUUUACAUGAAGAAAACUGGUCGGUACUGGAAAUUGGCCAUGGUGUUUGGUUUGAUUUCAGUUAUCGGCAUCAUCAGACUUUAUUGGAUCAACCCUCAAGCUUCCCUUCUUACGCAAUUUACCAUCAUGUUACCCCCUGGUUUUGGAUACUCUGUGAUGUUGACAAUCACUUUACUUGCAUUGAUUCUGGCGGCUCCGGCGAAAUACCAGGCCUGUACCACUUCGAUCCAGUAUACCUUCCGCUCUACAGGUUCAACCCUUGGUGUAUCAAUUGCUCUGGCUCUUUUCCAGUAUGGCUUGCGCAAAAACUUGCUGUGGAGAGUACCUGCAGUCGUUCUGGAUCCGGAACUAGCCAAGAAAUUUAUCGAGAAGGCAUUGGCGAAUUCGGAUUAUAUUUACAAAGCCCCAAAGUACGUUUCACAAGCGAUAUCCGACUCAUACUGGAUGGCGUGUCGCCUGGCGUUUGCAUUUGCUGUGGCAACAAUUACUAUGGGGGCAAUUUCAGCAAUCUUCAUGCGUGAAAACAAACUUCAUCUGACGGUCAAUCGCGAUUGA